AUGAAGGUCGACGCGUUGCCGCAGCUGGACGAGGCCAUCGCCUUCCUCCAGGCGGAGAUCGCGGCCCUGCGCGCCGGGGAGAAGGACGCGAGUCUGCCGGGACUGGCGGUGGCCGUCGCGGCGGGGGAGGCGCCUCUGCCCGAGCUGCAGUUCGCGCCGCUGCUCGCGCUCUGGACGCCGGCGGCGGCGACUUUCGCCUCGGAGCUGGCGGCGCUCGUGGACCAGUUCGAGGCCGCGCGGCGCCGGGAGGAGGAGGAGGCGCACAAGAAGGAGGACAGAGACGUGUGCACACCCGUGCCCGUGCACUCGGCGCUGGCCAGAGUGCGCAGUCAGAGGAGGCGGCCGCGGACGAGGCCCAGACGCAGGUUCGAGGACCCGGACGAGGGGGAGGCCUCGCAGUCAGCGAGUGAUGGGACGCCCACGCCCUCGCCCAGAGCAGACGUUCCUGUGGAGGUUGCGGAGGUGAAGAAGAAAGAGGAGGACAAGAAGGAAGAGAAGAAGGUGGAGAAGGAGGAGCAGAAGAAGGAAGAGAAGGAGCAGGAUGUGACGAUGGCGGAGCCAGUGGAGGUUGAUAAGGAGAAGGAGAAGGAAGAGGAGGAGAAGACGGAGAAGGAGAAGGAGGACGAAAAGAAGAACGACGACGAGGAGAAAAAGAAGGAAGUGGAGAAGGAGGUGGAGAAGCAGGAGGAAGAAGAAAAGAAUCCGGAGAAAGAGGAGGCUGAAGCGGCGUUGGCGAGUUUGAAGGCAUUACGCAAGACCAUGUUGCUCGAUGUCUUGUCGAAGAUCGUGUCAGUGGCCAAGAGUAAGGACGUGAACCCGGCAAUGUUCUCGAAGAAGGGUGGAGACGAGAAUGAAAAGGAGGAGACCAAGGAGGAGAACGAGGAGCACGUCGACCUGGAAAAGAUCCAUGAACGCGUUGCUGGAGGUGCAAUCUGUGAGUGGGCACAGUUCGCAGAGCAGGUGUACAUAUUCUGUCAGCAUGUAGUGACGGACGCAGAGCAGCGUGAACAACCCGAAGCGCGGCGCAAGGGCGUGGAGUUGCUGCACUUUGCGAGAACACUCACCGAGACCCUCCGUAAAGCUAGCGUGAAGAAGGAGGCUACUUUGUUGCAGAAAAUCCGCGACGCCGAGGAAGACGCCGCCGCCCGUAAGGAAGAAGAAGCCGCGGCUCGUAAAAAGGAGGAGGAGGAAGCUGCUGCUCGCAAGGAGGCUCAAGAGAAGCAAGACGAGAACAAAGAGGUGGAGGAGUCCACUGCUGAUGAAACUGAGAACCAGGCGGCGGAGGCCACUGCUUCGGACAGUCACGAUUCAAGUAGCAAGGCGACUGCGGGAGACUUCGCUGGUUUUCCACCGCUUACGCCCACUCGCGCGUCCACGCGUAUCCGGAAGCGCACGAGUCUGGCAAGUGAUGGGACUGGUUCAGCAGCUCCGUCCCCGUCCUCGUCGUCGAAAGCUCCUCGAAAGCGUACGCGUGGAGCGUCGGCUUCUGCCGCCUCGGCCAGCGAAGAAGUGAGCGGGUCGGAGAGUCAUGAGGCGUCUGCUUCUGAGGCAGACACGAAGUCACGCGCAAGCAAAUCGUCAAAAACCUCGUCGAAGCGGACAGCAGCAGCACGUCGACGCCGUCCUUCAAUGCCGGCGACACGCACCAGCUCACGUCAGCAAAAGCGGCGCGCAGCGGCGGCGGCGGCUGCAGCAGCAGACAGCGCUGCUAGUGGAGACGACGAAGAUCACAGUGGUGCAGAGGCUCUGCAGUCUGCUGCGGAUAAGGACGACGAGGAGGAAACCGGGGAAGAAGAGCAGGGAGAAGAGCAGCAGGCCCCCAAGAAAAAAAGAGCAGCCCCAAAGACGUCGAGGAGUCGAAAGAAAGGCAGCCGGAAGAGAUAA